AUGCCAACAACUUCUCAUGCAGAUAUGAUUCAUACCUUAGGAACGCCCAGGCUCAGUGGACAAGCGAUUACACCGAAGACAUAUAGAGCAUCGAAGUCUUCUAGGUAUGUUAAUCAUCUGAGCCAAUCAAUAAGGAUAGCACAUCAAAGGGUUAAUAUUGAUGUGGACUUAACGCAGAAUAAAUUGGAAGGGUUUACUGAGCUUACGGUAGUUCCUACGAUGGGAAGUUUAAAAUCUAUUAAAUUAGAUUGCAGAGAAAUGAAGAUUAAAGAUGUUUACAUUAAUAAUACUAGAAACACCAAUUAUAUAUACAGGGAUGUUCUUUACAUUAAUGAUGAUAAAUAUUUUGAGGAAUCGCUCAGUAAUAAAUCAGUGAAUCUAUUUGAUAUGUACUCUGAUAAUUUAACUAUACACCAACAUCAUUUGAUAAGACAGAAGCUUAAUUACGUAUUUGGAGAGAUUAAUAAUGAUCCUAGAGAACUUCCUAAAGAAUUACAUAAUGGCAAUACAGAAGAAUUGUUAAUCUUUCUUCCGGAUAAUUUGAAAUUGGAAUUGGCGGAUGCUAAUGCAUUCACUACGCCAGAGAGUCAAGCAGUGACUCCUCGUUAUCUCAAGUCCAAGAAUACCAUGGGUGAAUCGCAACAUUCAUUUACUGUAAAAAUUGAGUUUGAAUGUAUUAACCCAAAGAACGGUUUGAACUUCAUAACUGACAAAAAGUCAGAUAAGAAAUAUUGGCAUGCAUAUACUGUAAACUCAGACUAUAAUAUUUCUACUUCUUCUUGGGUUCCAUGCAUUGAUAACCUAUGGGAUAGGUGUACUUGGUCUCUUGAGAUCAAUAUUCCAAGGACGAUCAAAGAUAUAGGAAAUCCCAGAAUAAUAGGUUCAGAAAAUAAUAAAUCACUGACUAAGGAAAAUGGGACAUCUCAACGUAUAAAUAAGGAUGUACGUAAUGGGGGUAGUGAUGAUGCUGAAGAUAAUACUGGUGAUAUAGAGCAUGAUGAAGACAACGUGGAAGACGACGAAGACGAUAAUGAGAAUUACGAUUUAGUCAUUUGUACUGGUGAUUUUAAUAAUGUCAAAGAAACUCCGCAUCCAAUAGAUAGUUCAAAGAAAGUAGUAUCUUGGUCAAUUUUCAAUCCAGUAUGUGCACAUCAUGUCGGUUGGGCUUUGGGGUCAUUUCAAAGCAUUGUUUUAUCUACUCCCACGCAAGAUGGAGAUGAAGAGAUAAAAGACGAGGUUGAAUUCGAAGAUAUUGAAAAGGUUACUGAUAACUCACCUGUUACUAUAUAUUUCUUGGUGGGUCAGGCGGAUAUGGCAAGAAAUACGUGCAUUCUAGCUAACAAAGCUAUAGAUUUUUUUCUGAAAGAAUUUGGUUCAUUUCCAUUUAGUUCUUACGCAAUGGUUUUUGUUCAAAAUAAUGCUUCAGAAUCAAACAAUUUUGCAGGCCUUUCUCUUAUAAGUGAUUCACUUUUGUACCCAUCUGAUUUAAUUGAACCGAUGAUCUCUACCACGGAUACUAUACUAGAAGGUAUGGCAAGUCAAUGGUCAGGUAUUAAUAUUGUUCCAUUAUCCUUCAAUGAUUAUUGGUGUACUAUUGGUAUUGCAAGGUAUAUGGCCCUCCAAUUUAUCAGGGUUUUGAUGGGUAAAAACGAAUACAGAUUUAAAAUUAAGAAGAAGAUGAAUGAAAUUGUCGAGAAAGAUAUAGGCAAAAAGCCUUUAGCUUUACAGUUUUUCAGAUUUCCUAUUUCUGACCUCGACCUAGAUUUUCUAAGGUUAAAAGCACCUAUAGUUUUAUACAUUCUUGAUAAGAGGAUGACUAAAACAGACAAAUCUUUUGGACUUUCUAGAGUACUUCCAAAGCUUUUCUUGCAAGCCAUGUCGGGGGAUUUACAAAAUGGUGCAUUAUCAACUCAACAUUUUCAAUAUGUUUGUGAAAAAGUGAACCGGAACAAGCUAGAUACUUUCUUCAAACAGUGGGUUUUCGGAUCUGGAGUACCGAUAUUUAAUAUAUCUCAAAAAUUCAAUAAAAAACGCUCCAUGAUAGAAAUGAGUAUAAGGCAAGUGCAACAACUGGAUACAAAAAAAUUACAUCCAAACCCUGAAUCGUUUAUAAAUGACUCAAUAGCACAUUUAGAUGAUGAGCCAUCGUUCCUGAUUCAACCAGUAUUUACUGGUCCAAUGACCAUUAGAAUCCAUGAAGCUGACGGUACUCCUUAUGAACAUAUUGUUGAUUUGAAAGAUGGACACGUUAAACUUGACAUUCAAUAUAACACAAAGUUUAAACGAUUAAAGAAGAAUAGAGAAGAUCUUAACGAGCCCAAUACAACAUUUAGUAAGUUAGGUGAUGUAUUAACAACUCCAGAAGAAAUGGAUGAAUGGGGAUUGAAUGAAUGGGUAAAACGAGACGAAGACAUGCUCUAUAAUGAUGCAUUUGAGUGGAUUAGAGUUGAUGCAGAUUAUGAAUGGAUAGCUCAAAUCAACGUUAAACAACCUGAUUAUAUGUUUGGCUCCCAAUUACAAUAUGAUAGGGAUGUUGAAGCUCAAUAUGAAGCUGUAAGGUAUUUUGGUGAUAGAGAGAAGCCGAAUACUUUAUAUUGCACAGCAUUAACGCGUACUGUAAUGGAUGAUAGGUAUUAUUAUGGACUCAGAAUAGCAGCUGCCCAGGCUUUGGCAGAUAUAUCGAAACCUGAUAAUAAUUUUAUUGGAAUUGGUUAUCUCAUAAAGAUUUUCAAGGAGCUCUUCUGCUUUCCUGGAAGUUCAAUUCCACUAAGCAAUGAUUUUAAUAAUUUCAACCGUUUCUUCUUACAAAAGCAAAUUCCCCAAAUUCUAAGUAAUGUUAGAGAUGAAAAUGGGGAAGUACCAUUUGUAAUUAGAAACCUUUUAUUAAACCUUGUUAAAUUCAAUGAAAACUCUAAUAACACUUUUCAAGACUGUUUCUACAUGUCAGAUUUAAUAACUUCUUUGACUACGAGUGCUCUAAAUGCAAAUAGUGCUCUUACAUCCCAGGAUCCAUUAAAUUUGUUAGACAAGAGUGACUCAAUAAAUUCUGAAAAGCAAAAGUUCUUGCAGGAUGUUAUAACAGAAAUAAACAGGCUUCAAAAAUUAGAUGAAUGGGUACCUUCUUACCAAUCUAUUAUUGCAAUCACAUGUAUAAAACAAAAAGUCAGACUUGCUACACAUGGUCUUCUACAAUUAACAUUUGAAGAUUUGUUAUAUUAUACUUUGGAUAAGUAUCCAUUUGAAGUACGAAUUGAAGCAUUUCGUGGAUUGCUUAUUUUGGGGGGGUUGAAAAAUGCAAGUAUCUUACAAUACUACUUGAAAGUUUGUUUGCUUGAUGCAAUCACACCAUACUUCCGAGGAAAGUUAAUUGACACAUUGAUUAAUGCUAUAUGUAUUGCUGCUAUUGAUGGUACCCCUUCAACGUUAGAUGAUCCAGAAUUCAAAACUCUUGAAAAGUUAUUUGAUGAAAAUUCUAAAAUGGCCAACAACCAGACAAAUAUGGUUAUUAUUGAAGACGGUUCAAAUAAUGAGUUAAACUCGAGAAGAGAUACGUUUGCACGAGCCACCUUAAAUGGUGCUAUAGAAUUACUUAGACGUGAUUAUUCAAUAGGUAAGGGGUUAAAGAAUCUAUUCUGGGAAUUAUUACACACUUCAUUAUUAAGUAUUUAUGAGAGAAGAAACAUAUUUAACGUUUGUCAGGUUCUAUACAAAGAAAUUGAUUCGUUUAUUGCUAGAGUACCUGUUCCUAGUGUUCCGUUGAGUGAAUUAAAGAAGAAAAUUGUGCUUAGGAAUAUGGGUGAUGGUAAGGUAGUUAUAAAAAGAGAAGGAAGAUUUAAAAUACAAUUGGCAUCGCGAAGAUUAACUAUUCAAGAGCCAGCUAAAUCAAAAGUGGCACAAGAAAAAGCUAAAUCUAAACCUCUGGAGCCACCUGUGGUUGUGGACAAUGCCCAAGAGCCAAAAUUGAAAUUAAAACUAGGCAAUGCUUCCACGACCGUGGAACCGAAGAAAGAGGCUCCUCGAACCAAUAAGAGAGGGUCCCUCGAUACUAAACAUGUUAUCGUCGAUCCUAAACUUGUUACCAUCGAUCCUCAUAACAAAUCAAAGGUCACAAUCAAAUUUAAGAAACACACUUUGCCUAACUCUUCAGUGUUUGAUUUUCCUACUCAAGCUCCUAAUCCUCCUCCCAGCUUGGUCAAAAUCCAGGGAUCUACCGUUAAAUUAAAAUUUUCAAAGGAUAAGAGCUCUAAAAUAAGAGAUAUUUUGAAUAAUACAUCUUCGAAACCCAGAUAUGUUAAGAUUUUGACUAAGGAAAAGAGAAUUUUUGUAUCACCUGUACCAUUCUCCUCAACAAAUCCAAGUAUAGCUACUAAGGGCGACCUGAACGGUAAACUUAAAGAUGGUAACGGAAGUCCAUCUAAAAGUAAGAAAUCAGUAUCUCCAGUCCUGAGAAAUAGCAAAUCUAAUGAUGAAUCCAUGAAAAAUACAUUGAAAAAUGAUAAAUCAAAAGAGCAUUCUGCUGAAAACUCAUCUGAACCAGAUGAAAAGAAACAAAAAUUGAAAAUCCCUUUAAAACGAGAGUUUAAGGAACUGUCUGAACCUAUGUCUAAGCCAGUAGAACGUUCGGUUUCUCCAUUUUCAAGAUCAGCAAGUCCGUUCAGUCCUGCCCCACCGCUGCAUAGACCAAAUAAGAAAACUAAGAUUUACAUUCAUCCUAGCGAUGAAAAGAGUGCAUCUAGUUCUAUGCAAAACGAGCCACAGGUUGCUAAUAUGGAUGUCCUGGAUUCAACUGAACAUAAAGCUCCUGAUGAUUCCUCAGAUGUUAAGUCUAAGAAAUCAACUUCCAAACCUGGUAUCAAACUCAAGUUAAGUUUGAAACGUUAA